GUCCCUAUGGGGCUACUGUAGAUGAGUUAAAACGUCAUCAUGUUUAUUGCGGAAGCUGCGCUUGUUCUUCUCUUUGUAUGUUUAUUUUUAAUUUUUCGGACCUAUAUUGUUGUAAAGWCUGGAUUGAAUCACAGACCCGGAACCAAGGGCCCGGUUUCGGUUCUUGUCGUCGCAGGUUCAGGUGCUGUGUAAUGGCCCAGGGACCUGUGUUCCUCUGUGUGUGGCAGGACUGCUGCUUGGAAUUCUGGGAAUGAAGAAAGUCCUAAUCGUGUACGUYGAAAGCAUUUGCCGAGUGCAGACGCUUUCAUUAACAGGGAAGAUCCUGUACCUGAUAUCUGACUAUUUUUUUGUGCAGUGGUCGUACCUGAGGGACAAAUAUCCUAAAUCUGUUUUCCUUGGACGAAUAGUGUAAAAUUAACUGUGAUAAAUAGGCGUUAAGUUACCCGCGCACCAAAUGUUGGAAUGUCUAACUUGUUACUGUUUUUUUCAGUAUGGAGUAUGAUGUUUCUGUCCCUUUAAAUGUCAAAAAUAAAAUGUGACUAUAAACCUGCCAA